CUCUGUGUCCCAGGUGCCGCCCCCCCUGCCGCUCCUCCCUGAAGUGCAGAAGCCCCUGUGCCAGCAGGUCUGGUACCACGGUGCCAUCCCCCGAGCAGAGGUGCAGGAGCUGCUGCACGACAGUGGGGACUUCCUGGUGCGGGAGAGCCAGGGGAAGCAGGAGCAUGUGCUGAGUGUGCUGUGGGACGGGCAGCCCCGGCACUUCAUCAUCCAGGCCUGCGAUGACAUGUACCGGCUGGAGGGUGAGGGCUUCUGCACCAUCCCGCUGCUCAUCGACCAUUUCCUGCAGACCCGGCAGCCCAUCACCAAGAAGAGCGGAAUCGUCCUGGCCAAGCCCAUCCCCAAGGACAAAUGGGUGCUGAACCACGAGGACGUGCUGCUGGGCGAGCGCAUUGGGCGGGGUAACUUUGGGGAGGUGUUCAGCGGCCGCCUGCUCGCUGACAACACCCCAGUGGCUGUGAAAUCCUGCCGCGAAACCCUCCCGCCGGAGCUCAAGGCCAAAUUCCUGCAGGAAGCCAGGAUCCUGAAGCAGUACAGCCACCCCAACAUCGUCAAGCUCAUUGGCGUCUGCACCCAGAAGCAGCCCAUCUACAUUGUCAUGGAGCUGGUGCAGGGGGGGGACUUCCUGACCUUCCUGCGCAGCGAGGGGCAGCAGCUGAAGGUGAAGGAGCUGCUCAAGAUGACGGCGAAUGCUGCUGCUGGGAUGGAGUAUCUGGAGAGCAAGCACUGCAUCCACCGGGACCUCGCAGCUCGUAACUGCCUGGUGACGGAGAAGAACUCGCUGAAGAUCAGUGACUUUGGGAUGUCGCGGGAGGAGGCGGACGGGAUCUACGCCUCCACAGGAGGCAUGAAGCAGAUUCCUGUGAAAUGGACAGCGCCAGAGGCACUGAAUUAUGGCCGCUACUCCUCAGAGAGCGACGUCUGGAGCUUCGGGAUCCUGCUGUGGGAAGCCUUCAGCCUGGGCACCAUCCCCUAUUCCAAUCUGAGCAACACCCAGACGCGCGAAGCCAUUGAGCAAGGGGUGCGGCUAGACCCCCCCGAGCAGUGUCCCGAGGAUGUGUACAGACUGAUGCAGCGGUGCUGGGAGUACGAUCCCUGGAAACGGCCCAGCUUCAGCACCAUUCACCAGGAGCUCAUCAGCAUCCGCAAGAGGCAGCGGUAACAGACCGCGGGCUCCCAGGCCAGUAGACGCUGCCCUGGGCUGGAGCUGUCAGCCCAGGGCCCUUGGGCAGAGCCCAUGCUGGUGCCGACUGCCCCCAGCGGCACUGCGAACGCCCGGUGUGACCACCUGUGGACUCGUCUUCCACCAUGGCCUGGGUCAGCGCAGGCUCCAGUCAUUGCCGUUGGCCAGCCCCAGGCUGUUGGUUGCCCCCUGGGUGCAGAGAGACCCUGGGCCGUAGGGUCUCCAGCCUGCGCAGCUCCAUCCCCUGCGCCUGCCCCAGCUGUCAAGCUGUGGGACAGAUGGGCCAAGCCCUUCUCUUCUGCUCUGGGGGAGUAUUUCCUCUGGAAUAAAAACCACCCCCUCCU